GGCGCUGCGCUCUCUGCGUGUUGCGCGCCCACUCGCGGCUCCGGGGCGGCGGGGGCCGCGGGGGCCUCGCAGGACCUGGCCCGGCCCCCCCGCGGCCCAGCGUGUAAAAAAGAAAAGUAAGGUUCUCUUUAUGAAACUGAUCCUCGGUCAAGUGUAACUUUUGAUGUAUGGUCUCUAAAGCCCCCCACUAUGCCAGCAGCUACCGUAGACCAUAGCCAAAGAAUCUGUGAGGUCUGGGCUUGUAACUUGGAUGAAGAGAUGAAGAAAAUUCGUCAAGUUAUACGGAAGUAUAACUAUGUAGCUAUGGAUACAGAAUUUCCCGGAGUAGUUGCAAGGCCUAUUGGAGAAUUCAGAAGCAAUGCAGACUAUCAAUACCAAUUAUUACGCUGCAAUGUAGAUUUGCUAAAAAUAAUUCAACUAGGACUGACGUUUAUGAAUGAGCAAGGGGAAUACCCUCCAGGAACUUCAACUUGGCAAUUUAAUUUUAAAUUUAACUUAACAGAAGAUAUGUAUGCACAGGACUCUAUUGAACUGUUAACAACAUCUGGUAUCCAGUUUAAAAAGCAUGAGGAAGAAGGAAUUGAGACGCAGUACUUUGCAGAACUGCUUAUGACAUCAGGAGUUGUACUAUGUGAAGGAGUCAAGUGGCUUUCAUUUCACAGUGGAUAUGACUUUGGUUAUCUAAUAAAAAUCCUGACCAACUCUAAUUUACCGGAAGAAGAGCUGGACUUCUUUGAGAUACUGCGAUUGUUUUUCCCUGUCAUCUAUGAUGUAAAGUAUCUCAUGAAGAGUUGCAAAAAUCUGAAGGGUGGAUUGCAAGAAGUGGCUGAGCAGUUAGAGCUGGAAAGGAUAGGACCACAACAUCAGGCAGGAUCUGAUUCUUUACUCACAGGAAUGGCCUUUUUCAAAAUGAGAGAAAUGUUCUUUGAAGAUCACAUUGACGAUGCCAAAUACUGUGGCCACUUGUAUGGCCUUGGUUCGGGGUCAUCUUAUGUACAGAAUGGCACGGGAAAUGCUUAUGAAGAAGAAGCCAACAAGCAGUCAUGACAUGAAAUGAAAGGCCAUCUUUUUGAGCUCCAAAUGCUUGUACAUACGUUUUAUCUCUGGUUGAACCCCUUGGACAAUAAGGCUUUUCUCCCCCCUUUCUCAGCACACUUUCUUUUCUGCCUUUCUAUGUACUAAACCUGACUGUUCCUAUCACAGAUUUUGAUCUUAAUAUUGAUAUGUAGAAUUUUAUGGGUUACUUUUGGAGUCAUAACUAGCCCAUUUGUAAAGAAGCAUGUGUAGGAUCAGUGUGGCAGAGAGAAGGGGAAAGCUAAAUCAUAAUGAAUAGUAUGGUAAACUUACCUAUAUUGGUCUUUGGUCUUAGGUUUUUUGUCUCUUUCCCAUCCCUUCUCCAAAUUAACUCAUGCUGAUUGUAACUAACUUCCCCGUUCAUGUCUGUUCCUUCCAGUAUGCAGGCGUUUUAGCUAUUCAAGAUUGUGGACCAUCAAAUUUGCACUUUAGAGAGCGACUCUGACUCAAUCCUCUGUUUCAUUUGAAGUUGUUUUUUUCUUCUGCCCUUAGCUAGGAAACAAUAAUCUUCCAAGUUCAACAGCUUCACACUGUAUUUUUGUCAUCUUUUGAUAUUUCAAUCCAUAGAAUAUGACACUUGCUGCAUAACCUGCAUUCAUUCAAGCAAAACAAACUACUGAAACCAUAGUAACUGCUGUUGUUUUACUAAUGUUCUGCCAUCAGACACAUCCUGCACGUGCCAACUGCUUGUUGGCCUGCUGCUUUAGAUCCGCUCUGUGAGGAGGGAAAGAAGCUUGAGAAAGCAGCUUUACACCCUUCAGGAAAAGAACAGCUCUGACUUUACCAUCUUGCCAUUAAGCUGAGAUUUGAAGGCUAUUGGAAUAGUAGGAAUUUUGUAAUGGCCCACUUCCCUUGAUUAACUUUUAUUCUAGUGACGUAUACUCCAAAUAUUUUUUUAUGAAGUCAUAUUUAUUAUGUACUUGGUUUGACAAUUUUUGGAAGUCAGUUUAGUUCAAGAUAAAA